AUGAAGCAGCGUUUCUCUUCGCUCGACGUUCAGGUAAUAACCCAUGAACUCCACCAUCACCUCCUCUCCCACCGUCUCUCCAAUAUCCACGACCUCUCCUCCCGUACCUUUCAAUUCAAAUUCACUUCAUCGGCAACACAGACCAAACACAUCUUAAUCGUAGACUCCGGCUUUCGAUGCCAUCUCACGAAUUUUGCUAGAAAUGUCGCGGCAAGUCCUAGUGGGUUUGUGGAGAAACUUCGAAAAUGCUUGAAGACCCGGAGGGUUACCGGCAUCAGACAGGUUGGAAGUGAUAGGAUUGUUGAGUUGCAGUUCGGCAUUGUAGGUGAUAAUGCUGCUGCUACCACCUCUGCUACCACUGCUACUGGUGGUGGUGUAGGAGGAGGAGAAGGAGGGGCGGAAGGAGGGGUGGAAAUUAAAGGGAUCCCUCACGUCGGUGGAUACCGUCUGUUCUUCGAAUUCUUCGCCGGAGGAAACAUAAUCCUAACCGACGCCUCCUUCAAAAUCAUCACCCUCCUCCGAAUCGUCCCGGAAGGUCCGAACCAACCCAAAAUCGCCAGAGGAGAAACCUACACCAUCUCAUCGGCAUCUACAACCUUCGGUUCACUUUACACCAACACUUCAAAUGCACAGAUCAAAAAAGCGUUAAAAUCCCAUCUGGAGAAAAGAGAGAAUGAAGAAAAGAAGGGAAUCGACGAUUUGAAGGACUGGCAGAAGAAGAAGUUGAAGAAGACAAGGAAGGAUGAUGGGUUAAAUCGUGUUCUGGGCGCGGUUAUGACCGAGUUCAGUUCUACCUUGAUUGAACACUGUCUUUUAACCGUGGGCGUGGAUCCCGAUUUAAAGGCUGGAGAAGUGGUGGGCGACGAUGCUAUCAUCGAUAAAGUUGCCGAAGGCUUCAAACUUGCAGAAACUAUGGUCAAGGACAUCGUCGAGAAUAAAGAAGUCAUCGGCUGGAUUAUCGCCAAAAAGCCGUCACCAAAAACCGAAAAGGCCGACACCGAAGAUAAUGGGACCAAAUCGAAGAAAAACAAAAAGAAGAAGGUCGCAUUCGGAGACGCUGGUAUUAAGGAAGCAGAAGACGAAUUGGAAGCCAUGCUCGAACUGGACGAGGAUAUAACCCCACAAACCGACGCAUCAGGCUACAUCUACGAUGAUUUCCAUCCUUUCCUACCGACCCAAUUCAAGGACAAACCAAAUGUCCACACGAUCCCCAUCACCACAUACAACAAAACCGUCGACUCCUUCUUCUCCUCCAUCGAAUCCCAAAAACUUGAACAAAAGACAGCCGAGAAGAAGUCAUUAGCGGCAAAACGCCUUGCAAAUGCUAGGAAUGAACAUAAAAACAAGAUCGAAAGCUUGAAAUCCGCACAAGAGGUUCAUGUAAGAAAGGCUCAAGCGAUUGAAGCAAAUGUGGAACGAGUCGAGGAGGUCAUCGAUGCUGUUAAUGGGCUUAUCGCGCAAGGUAUGGAUUGGACCGAGAUUAGGAGUUUAGUUGAAAGAGAAAAAUCGGCAGGUAAUGGAGUGGCCGAGAUGAUAAGGGACGUCAAGUUUAUGGAGAAUACGGUAGUAGUGAGACUUUACGAAGAAGAAGAAGAGGAUGAUAGCGACGACGAUGAUGAUGAAAGUGGCAGCGAAGAUGGAAACGGUGAGGAGAAGGAAGGGAGAAGUCAUUUGGAUAUUGAAAUCGACCUAGCACUUACAGGCUACGCCAAUGCAAGAAUCUACUACGAACAAAAACGGUCAGCAGCAGUAAAGGAAACAAAAACACUACAAUCCUCCGCCAAAGCCUUAAAAUCCACGGAGAAGAAAAUCCAAAAGGAUCUCAAACAAGCCUAUAAAGCCGAAAAGAUGGAACUACGAACCCUUAGACGACAAGGAUGGUGGGAAAAGUUUUAUUGGUUUAGAAGUUCUGAGGGUUACCUGGUACUUGGUGCUAAAGACCCUACACAGGCCGAUAUGCUUUAUAAAAAGUAUUUCAAAAAGGGUGAUGUCUGGGUCCAUGCUGAGGUACCGGGUAGUUGUCAUGUUGUGGUUAAGAAUAAAGUUGAAGACGUGAACUCUCCGAUUCCACCGGGGACGUUGAGUCAGGCAGGCAGUUUGGCGGUAGCGUCUAGUGAUGCUUGGGAGAAGAAGAUGGUGAUUUCGGCGUGGUGGGCGGGGUAUGAACAGGUUGGGAAGAUUGGAGCUGGUGGAAUUGUGCUAGGCACCGGUGAAUUUGUGGUUAAGGGAGAAAAGAAGUGGUUGCCGCCUGCUAUGUUGGUGAUGGGUUUUGCAGUCGGGUGGCUACUUGCUGAUGGGGAGGGUGGUGAAGAUGAAGAUAUUCUGGAAGAGGAGAGAACAAAUUUACCCGAAGUUUCUAAUUCUGAAGAAGAGAAAGUUGAGCAAAAAGAGGAUUCAGACGAUGAUGAAGAGUUCCCAGACACCAAACUAGAAUCCGAGGAAGAAGAAGCGGAAGCGGAAGCAAGUUCCAGUGUAAAGAAUCCUCCAGCGGAUGAAGAAAGCGACGACGAUGACGAUGAAUUCCCAGAUACAAAACUCGAAGACCCAUCUCUCGAAGAAAACACCCGUUCGCAAGAAGAACAAGACGAAGAAUCCGAUACCCUCGACGCAUUGCCAAACGGCCGCAAUGAACACCCCUCGCUCAUCGACCGAACCGCAGCAUCCUCUCCGACCCCCUCCGUAACUUCUACGAUUACAGGGGGUCGCCAUCUCAGCGCCAAAGAGAAAAGGGAUAUAAAGAAAGCUAAAGCGAAGGGAUUAAGUCUUCCUGCAUCAGCACUAGCGACACCAAACGGAAGUAGACCCCCCGUUGGAAGGAAACAAAUGCAGAAGGCACCCGCCGCACCUAGGAAUCUAUCAUCAAAGACUGCACAACAACAAGUUCGUGGGAAGAAAGGAAAAGCUAAGAAGAUUGCAGAAAAAUACGGAGACCAAGAUGACGAAGAUCGAGAACUAGCUCUCAAAUUACUCGGAAACGCAAAGAAGGAAACCGAAGCCGCCGCCGAAGCUCUCGAAAACGAGAAGGAUAAGAAAGCGGACAAAAUCAGAGAAAUGGAGGAAAAACAACUCCGAUUGAAACUACAGGUUGAAAAGAUGAGAAGUCAGGUUUUGGCGGAUGAAGAGGCUAGGGCCCUAACAAAAGAGAAAUACUUGGAUUUUGAAGAAGAAUUGGAUGAAGGGAAUGCUUUGAAGAUGGUGGAUUUGAGGAGGGUUGUUGGGGAAGUGAAGUUGGCGGAUAUGGAUAGGGUUGUUGAUGCGAUCCCCAUCUGUGCACCUUGGUCUGCGCUGCAGAGAUUUGAGUGGAAGGUUAAACUACAACCAGGGACGCAGAAGAAAGGAAAGGCUAUCAGAGAAGUUGUAGAGAGGUGGGGGAAGGAGGUUGUGGAUAAGAAGAAGAAACCAUUUCCACCUAAAGCCGGAAGUGAUCAAGGAGGGCAGAUUAGUGAAGUUGCGGAGAAGGCGAGGAGGGAGAAGGAGUUGAUUAGAGCUUGGAAGGAAGCAGAGUUGGUACAAGGAGUUCCGGUGGGCAAGGUCAAGAUUAUGAUGCCGGGGGUGGCGGAAGAUAAGGGUAAGGGCGGGAAGGGCGGUGGGAAGUCGGGUGGUGGGAAGAAGGGAAAGAAGUAG